AUGGAAAAGAACGCAAGCAUUGAUAAUCGAAAUAAAGAUAGCAUAAAAGAUAGUUUAAACUCCAAAUUAUUGGAAAGUAAUAAAUAUGAUGAAAAUACAGUUAGGCAUAAUAAAAGUUCAUUAAUAUUAAGUAGACAAUUCUAUGGAAUAAUUGGGGGGAUAACUGCUGGAAUUUUGGGACUUCAAGGCAUAAACGGAUUUCUCUUUUUUUCAGCAUUUACAUUAAUAGGAACAUUGAUGACAUUUUUUCAUAUUAAGAAUAAUUAUAAAUCAUUUUUUGCUAUCUUUUAUUUUAUUUUGGACCCUAUCCUAUGA